AUGGCGCCUAGAGUUGCAUUCGAUCACGGGGAGCCUUCCCUACAAACGUCGGGUGCGCUUCGAAUUCUUGUCAUGCCGCCGCUUCUCGGAGACGGGCAGAGUUCAGACAGCCUCAAUCGUUUUACCAUGAAUCUCUUUCCCGCUUUCGGUCAGGACGGUGCUGCCUCCUCGUCCAGAAGGGAGGCCAACUAUCGCCAGGACUCCAGUGCCAUUCUGCCCACAUUCGACUCAGCCUCGUUCUCCUUGUCCUCGUUUGCAUCCUCCUCCUCAGCCGGGGCUACGGAAACCGGUCUCUCCGACGAAGCUCUGCCCGACUUGACCGGACUGGGUGCAAUUCUCGCUUUAAUCUGUGCCGUCGGAGUGUUCGUCUGCCUUCUGCUCUUGGUUACCGUGACGGUGAUGUGUCGCCGAAGGAAACGUCAAUUCCGACUCCACCAACUGCAUCCGGCCAAUGAGUCGAGCCGUCUCGCAGGCGCAUCACCACAUGCGCCUCACACCACUUCAAUCUCGGGUCUGACACCAUCGCUGCGGAGGCAGCAGUCCAUUUCGCCGGCUUGUCUGGUCCCAACUGACGAAUUGGCGCCCGGUCUGGUGUCCGGCUUUGUCGACUCCUUCUUGAAACCGGGUCUAUCCACUCCGAUACAUCUGCCCGCCAGUUACCUGGUCGACCCGGUCACCAGACUGGACCAAGUGGGCCUUAUUGGUCUGCUCGAGCCCUCGCCAUUGACGGCACCAACUUCCGCAAUCUCGGACCUCUCGUCGCCUCCAACUCGGCCUCAACGACAGGCCUCUUUUCAUCACCUCACCCAACUGCAGGCUCAUGUGAAACCGCACAGCCUACAGCACCAACAACAGCGGCAGAACCAAUCAACCUUCAAUCCUCACUCGUUCAACCGAUGUCUCUCUUCACCUACCGCCAACCUAGGCCGUGAGAUCGGUGCUGUCGGAGAGGUGGGUUUAUUCACAAAAAUUGUCGACGCUAAUCCACCAGCCGCUCUGCUCUUCAAUCUCCCACCACAACACUCGCCCACGUCCAACAUGGAAAGUAUGCAUCGGCCGGGCUGUUCAAGCGAGCAACUCUUCAAUGACUACACUCCACUGACGACCGAGUUCAGAUGUACAGUCUCGUCUCACCUCCACUCGGACCGAACGGGCUCAGGGCCUUCGAACACUUGGCAACCGGCCGACCAGCCCAGCGUGAAUGAAGCAGACUCACAAUUCGGGCUUAAAGAAAAGCACGACAGACGCGAAGAAGACUGCGCCGCAGGCCAAUCGUUGUCGGGGCAACCUGUCGACAGGCAUCAUGUGGAAGAGGGCCAAUCGAUUGGCGAGAGAAGUGGACAUUUGCCCAACCAACCGUCCGAUCUGACAACCACCAUGACCACCUUCAAUCAACAAACACAGAAUGCCAUCGAAGCUGUUCGAACCUUUAACGGAAUCCGAAUGUGGAUGCAGAAUGUAGACUUUCGUCGCGCGGAACAUUCCAUGCUGAGCUGUUGGCAGUGUUCCAGGCGGAAUCUCGUCUCUGAGGCCACUGGCGCUCGGACAGCGGGUCAAGUGGUAGCACAUGCUGUCGAUAGAAGUGCAGGGCGUCAGUUUGUCUCCGGUUGGGCUGUGCACAUGCGGCCCUGUUCGAGGUCUGGACUGAGAUCCCUCCUGACACAAGCAAUUGUGAGAGAAACGGUCAACACCAAAACGCCAGGGGCGAUUCGGGCCUGGGAGCAUGAGACCUCUACUCGGUUGCUAUACAUCCAUUGUGCUGUCUCUCGGGCCAGAAGCCUGUUGCUUUCAAAAUUAUAA